AUGGGUGAAGAUGACGAACAAGUAGCAGAUCAUGACUCGGCGGAGGAGAUCGCUCUAGCGGAGCAGAAGCCUCUCGCAGUGUCUGGCAAGAAAGGCAUCUCCGACGUUGAGAUCAGAUACAAAAUGCCCGAUGUGCCCCUUGCUACUAAGUACAAAGGCAGUGCUUCCGUUCUGGAAUACCCUAUUAGUGAUUACGAGAUGGAAGAACGAUUCUGGAAGUUCGGUGGAGUGGUCGAAAAUUGGUUCUCGCUUAAGCAAGAGCGGGCUGUGUUUACUAUAAAGGAUUUGACGAAACCGAUCGAGCAGAUUACUAACCGUGGACACCCUGAAAACCUGCUUACAAUUUGA